GGUGCCCAAUUCCCCUGAGAAGGAGCUGGUGCUGAGCAGAGUGGGAGAGGAACAGCCCCAGCCCUGCCACCAAUUCCACAGGUCCAGCCUGAGCAAUUCCUGUCCGAGCUGCAGAGGAACUAUGGUGGGGAUGAGGGUGCUGAGGUCUUCUCCACAGCCUGGAACACCCUCAUGGUCACGUUCUCGUGCUGUGGUGUUUUAGGACCCGAAGACUUUGGGAACGGCUCCCGCUUCCAGGAGCUGCACCCAGGGAUGCCGUGGCCACGGGCAUGCUGUGCCCGGGACGGGCUGCUGCAGGCGGGAGAGCUGCUGGGCUGGGAGCAGUGCCAGGACAGGAGCCCAGGCUACAUCCAUGAGCAGGGCUGCUUCUCUACCUUCGGUAGGACUCUGCAGAGGUACAUCUCCCUCCCUGGGACCUGCAGCUUAGCCGUGCUGGGCAUCGAGAUCUUUGCCAUGUUCUUCGCCUUCUGCCUUUACUACAACUUCGACUGAGUGGGACAGGGACAUGGCCAGGGCUUUGGGAGCAGCUGAGGACACGGCCUUUUCUUACCCAGCAGAGAUCAGCACAUCACUGAGCUUCACUGCUUCCCAGGCAUUAGGAACCUUGCUAAGUCCUGUCUCUGCUCCAGAGAUGGGCCUGACUCACUUUUCUGGGAGCAGGGAUAGGAUGUGGGUUAAAUUCCCAGCAGGGAACCUGCAGAACAAGAGGCUGAGCACCUGACCUGCUCCUGCUGCGAUCUGCUGCCAGCCCGAACCUUUGGAGCUGUGGAGGCACCAAGAAUUAUCCUCCUCAGCCCACUCUUCUUGUGUCUUCGCUCUGCACAGCACAGCGCUGACAUCCUGCCUUCCACAUCCAUCCUUCCACAUCCAUCCUCCCAGAUCCCUCACAAUCCUCUGGGCUCCUCCUCACCUGCUGUGAGCUGGUUCUUGUCACUGGUCACCUCCUGGAGAUACAACAGAGCCAAGACACCAUCCAGGUUAUCUAAAUGGUCCAAGUGGAACGUAACAGACUGCUCUGAGAGCCAGAGUUGUAAGACUUGAGUUUAAUGACUUAGCCCUUGAGGUUCCAUGGAAAAUUAAGCCUUUCCUGGGAAAGGAUUCCCACCAGCUGGUUCUGACCUGUCUGCUGCUCAGCUUCUGCACUCGGUUGGUUGUGAAAAUAGAAAACUGAACUAC